CAUCAACUUUGUAGAUGUGACAUGCAUAUCUAGACAGUCAAUGGGCAUACUAAGUAUAGUAUUGACCGACCAACGCUGCGCUAACCUUAAAUGAAAGUGGACUCUCCCUUUUCAGUCUGCCUACUGACCCUUGCUGUAUCUGUACAGCUUGACGUCUGUAGCCGUUGACUUGUAUUAUAGAAGUAGAUAUUAUUCUUUUGGGUGAAAAUGUCAGCUCCAGUAAAGAAACGAGCACUUCAUAUUGAAGACAACGAAGGAAGUUCUAGCGGGGACGACGCUUCUGACAAUGAAGACGUUCAAGACAUUGGUGGUCAAGAAGAGAUCCAGGUAGAUUUUGAAGGACGAAAUCCCAUUGACUCAGAUUUUCAUGGCAUCAAACAACUUCUUCAGCAGCUCUUCUUGAAAGCCCAUAUCAAUUUGUCUGAUCUGACAGACCUUAUAAUUUCUCAGAACUAUGUGGGAAGUGUAGUGAAGCAAAGUGAUAUUGAUGAAGAUAGUGGAGACGAAGAUGAUGACACAUCACCCAAUGACGUGUUUGGUAUCACGACAGUUGUGAAUUUGACAGAUAAGCAGAACCUCGAAUGUAUCCAGCAGUUGCGACAGCUGUUGUCAGAGCUGUGUCAGGAGCAUGGCACUGAUCAGAGUAAUGCCAUGGUCAACAAUUUGCUGGCCAAUGAUGCCAGCCCAGUCGGCCUCCUCAUCAAUGAGCGUUUCAUCAACAUUCCUGCUCAGAUCUGUGUACCACUUCUUGAGAGCUUGAGCAAGGAAAUGAAAAGAGCCAAAGAGAAGAAUUUAUCUUUUGAUUUUGCAUAUUUUAUCAUUAUAUGCAAACUUUACAAAAUGGAUAAUGAGAAUUUAAAGAAGAAGAAAAAGAUUGGAAAGAACAAGACAACUCCUGUGACCCAGGAUAGUGAGAUUCUGUGGUCCAAUCCUGAGGAAGAGCUGUUUGAUCAGGAGGCUGACUGCAGAUUCGAGUUCUGUGUCAAGUCCGAGAGCGACUCAGGCUUGAGUGGUCGAUGGAUGGAGGAUGAUGUUGCAAUGACUCCGUACAGGCGCAUCCUUAUCAUCUCUGCAGCUAAACUGGACCCUCUGAUCCAGCGUAUCCAGGAGUAUGUCUCUAGUUAAGUUCUGGCUCAUUGCAUUGGCCUGCUUCAACAUCCUACAGCCUACUUUUUUCUGUUUGAUCUCACAACAUUUCCAACCCCUAAAUACAUCAUCCAUCGGUUAAAGUAAAAUGGAAUAUUUAUCAUAUUAUUGUAGAUAGGUCUUUAAUGCUAAAGAACUGUCACUAAUAUGACAAAAAUUAAAAAAAAAUACUGUACAAGAGAAGGCCGUGUUGGGGUCCUUGAAAUUUAGGUUUAUUUCCUAUUUAAAAACAUAUAUGGCAAAUUUAUUAGCUUCUGUCUAAGACGUAUUUGUUAAACAACAAAUAAAAUGAAAGCUCUGUAUGUUGUUCUAAUAUUAACAAAGCUUCUUUCUCUAUACAUCCAAAAAGGCAGUAAAUUAGACUAAUUUAAAAGAAAUACGUACAGUAUUUGAAAAACUGGAAAAAUGUUUUUGGAAGUGUUUGUGAAGAAAUGAUUGUAAUGUCUUCUUUCUUUCUGUCAUUGUUGUGAUGCUUAAGUCCAUAUCAUUAUAUAAUCAUUAUAUGUAUUUCCUGUGAUUGUAAAAUGUGAGCGUUGAUCACAUACUCAUUAUGGUGCAUUAUUUGUAACUUACUAUGUGUUAAGUUGUAGUAUGUUUUCAGUUUUUCUGAAACAUUCUUAUGUGUUACGAGACGUUGUUACGUUCUGGUUACAGAACUACUCCUAUGGCACUAUAUUUAUUUGUUUUAUUGAUUGUUGAAAUGUUGUAUGCCUCCUUUGGUGUAAAGUAAUCUUAUUUAUUGAUUUUUAUAUUGUAUAGUUUAUUAUUUAUUUUGGGAUACAAAAUUAAAUUUCUGUGCAGAACAAUUAAUUACCCAUUAUGAGCAAUAUAACAUUGUGUAAAUGUUUAACAGCUUAGUUUUAAAAUGAUUGUUUUUUAUUUCAUACUUCUUAUGUUUUUAACAAGGUUAAUUCAUUUGAAGACCAAAUAAAAUAGAAUAAAACAUCUGUACAUUAUUAUUUUGUAGUUUUUAUGCCCAAGAUUUGUGUAUCCAACUAUCAGAGAAGCUUCAAAAUCAAUGUUUAUUAAUCAUUGUAGAUUGAUUACAAGACAUAUUUUUUUAAAGAAUUGAAGAGUAUAUUUUAGUUUUAUUAAAUUUUGUACUUUGCAAGCAUUGA